UGCGACGUGAGUUCAACCGCCAAAUUCAAACACAUUUUGGGUCAAUACACAAUUUCAAAAAGCACCGCUAAUUUUGAACACAGUUGUGUUUUGAGCGAGUGCGGACAAUGGAUUCUUACACAGAGCAACUGAUUGAGCGCACACGGCAGCGGCGUGCAAUGUUGAACCAGAAGCUGGGUAAGACUCCAGAUCCAGCCCCAAGGAAACGAGUGUUGGAAGACACAACUAAUCAACCUGUCCUCACAGUGAUAGACGAUGAUGACUCUCCAAAACGACACUGUACCUGGGAGACAGAUGGAAAGGGAAAGCCUGACACCCCAGCAAUUAAAGGUGUCAAGUCACGCAUGACAGUGCUGUCAGAAGAACGACCUCAUUUUUCAGAUGUCGGAGGUGACCAGCGUGAGAAUCGAGCAGGCACUCAUGUUGCCAUGGAUACCAGGCCAGAGCCUGCUGGCUCACCUAGUAGCCGGAGAUCUCGCUUUGCAAAGCUCGCACAGAACCUUGACAACUUCGAAUGUGACAUGUCACAUCCAACAAUAAAAAAACAAGAAGAGAAAAAGCCAAGAUGGCAGCCACCAAAGAAAGAUGACGACAGGCCACCAAACCAUUUUGAUGCGAAGGACAGGCAUGUUUCCUCGCCACAGAAAGAGUAUGAACUGUAUCAGGGACCCAAGAGGGACAGACAGGGCUCAGGACCGGGUAGCCCUGCCCCAUCACCAAAGAAAACACCUGCCCCCGCCCCACCAUCAGCCCCUCUUCCCACCCAGACAACAGCCCCAGCUAAACCACCCAGGGCUCAGUCCCCUGUGCGAGCCCAGUCUCCUGCCAGGCCACCACUGGGCUCCCCUAAGAAGAGCACACACACAGUUCACCUGUCACAACCUGGAAACACAGGCUCACCAAAAUAUGCACACAGUGUGAAAACAGUAACAAACCAUGAGCCGGUGAACAAACGGGCGACCGACACAAGCUUGGGGGAUGAACCCACAGAGAAGCCUGUGACAGACAGGCUUGCAUCCUGGAAGAAAAACACACCCACCAAGCCUGCUGCCCCAAGGGACCCAACAGAUCUGCCCUUGUCAGAGAGAUUUGCAGGUUGGGAGCAGAGAGUUUCUCAGACCCCUAAAGCAGACAACACCCCCGCUCGUCGACACCAGCAAACCCCAAGACCGGAGCAGAGACCUGCACAGGGGCCAGAUUCUGGGGAUGACAUAUCAGCUAAGCCUGUAUCGGAUAUCCGGGCCAGCUGGAAGGAGCAGGAGGCUAAGACUAUUCCUAAACGAGAGGAAGAGCCAACUGCUUACUCUGUCGGGGACAGAAUGUCGGCCUGGGAAAACAUGACCUCAAAUAACAAAGUGAGCUCUAUCAAGAAGGUUGAUCCAGGCACACCCGGUCCUAUGAAACCAUCAGGUACCCCAAGUAAAGCGGCCUCCUGGAAGACAAAUGGGACCCCUAACAAGGGCCUCACACCACAGAAGAGUUUCAAGGACUCGAUCGAGGAGAGAGCCUCACAGAUGGGGCGGGGAAAGGGAUCAACGAGCAGUGCAGAUGGUCUGCCACCUAAACCACCUACCAGCAGUACUUCAAGGUCUCCUCAGCGGACCCCCAGCAAGGCAGGAGCCUUUUCCCCAACAAAGGUCCCAAGUCCCCAGGCGGCCUCGCCACUUGUUCGAGUUGGCAGUGCAACCAAAACACUCCAACAGAAAAUCCUCAACCAGGUCCAGUACAGCAAAACAGACAAGAUUGCUGACAAGAUCCGCCAAGAGCGAAUGGCGGAGGUGAAUACUCUCAACAAUCGAUACCAGAACGGCAUUCUCAAGGAUGACAGGACACUUGAACAGUCUGAGGUAUCAAGUGCAGAUGAGGCUAAUGUUCAUGCCCCACCACCUCCUCCCCCUCCAGCUGCUGGGGGGAACAAGAGAGAGUCUGUCCGUACCAAGGCCAGGGAUGAUUUUAACAAGAAGCUACAGGCCAUGGGGUUUGAACUUUCAGAUGAAGGCGGGGCCAGCUACACAUUUGACAAUGGUCCAGGUGAGACACAACCAGCAUCAGCCAGUAAGAAGCCUUCCAGCAUCUACAGACUGGUUUCUAAGAAGUGCACUGAGGAAGAGAAACCAGUGGUGCAGCAGUCUGCGUCCUCAUUGAAGAAGGUACAGUUCCAGGAGCACAACACGAGCACGGACACAAUGGAUGAGACAGAGGAUGACUUUGACCCUACGUCUGAGGAGACACAAUCUGAGUCCCAAGAGUCGUUUGAUGACACAUUUGACAGUGGCUCUGAGUCCAGUAUACCUGAGUCCUAUAAAAGCGCUUCAAGAAGAAUGGAUAACCAGCAAUCUCCUCAAAAACGUGUCAUGCAGCACCAUCAAAUGGAUGAUGAUGAUGUUAGCCUUAGUGCCUUCGUUUCGGACUCUGUUCGGCGGCAGACGGUGAUGCCACAGGCUCAGGACGACACUGCCAGUAUCACCAGUGAGGACAGCAUGGAAUACCAGCACGUAAGGCUGGAGGGGGUGUCACAUCGGCCCCAAGGGUAUGGGUCCAGUAUCUCUUCUAGCGAGGGUGAGAGGGGUGGGCAGGACCACAUGGAUGGGGACAGUGAUGAUGAAGACCGGCAGGAGAUGGAUGACCUGCUAGAUGAAGCCCUGGAUGACAUCACAGACGUCGAGAUGAGGAACAAGGAACCUGUCCCUCAACCACGCAAACGUCAGAGCCACUUGUACGCCACAACAUCGGGAGAGAUGAGCCUGCAGCAGCCGAAUAACAAUGAGGUGACGAUGCGGGCCAAGAGUGAUGGCCUGGCGUACAGCGUGUCCAUGUAUCGAACCAGCAGGCAACUGGGAACUGAGGUGCCGACAGUGAGCCAGCGUAUAGCCCGGAACAGCCACUGGACUCAUGAGUCACCCGUAGAAGAGGACAUACCUAUGCCACGGCAACUCCCGCCCGAGCUUGAGAGAAAGACACUACAGGACAGAGUCAAGGAGUUGAAUGAGCUGGUGACGCAGGAGCAGAAUGUCAUCAUGCAGACAAGUAAUGCUAUCAACAAGUGCUGCAUGGGGGACUCACAGUUUGCUGGAUCAGCCGAGCAGGUGGAGUGCAAUAGGCUCCUCCUUGUCGCUUGUCAGAAGCGACAAGCGUACCUGACCGAGGCCCAGCGCCUCAAGGAGACAAGACAGCUGGAAGCCCCUGGUCAGCAGGGGCCCAAGGGGUCACUCACCAUCAGUGACAUACGUCUCCCUCUCAAGAAAGACUUUGUCACCAAGAUCGGCACAGCUUCAGACACGACAACACAUUACUUUGUAAUCCUGAUCCGUAACGGCCCCCAGGUGAUCACGACCCAGAUGUUGUCCACGCACGACCCUUUGAUGCGCGGGAGUCUAGACUUCCCCAAUCUCAUCAAGAUCCAUGGAAUCUCCUCAAACUUUAACAUAAACCUGGAGAUCUACAGCAUGUCUGUGUCGCGUGAACACCAGAGGGACAAAAAGAAGAAGACCCCCAAGAAACACAAACACCAGACCAACAUGCCAUUGGAAAGCCCAGGUGGUCCCCUGGCAGUGAGGACAACAAGUUUCUUCCUGAUAACAGCUCUGCCCAUCACCAUGAAAAGCCUGGAUAAGAGCAGCUUCUCUCUAGAGAGGAUCCCAUUCCUGUCGCCACUGCACGGUACGAUCUACAUGCGUCUGAAGUGUAUGAUGGAGCAGCAUGUGGAAGAGCGGGGCUUCCUCACCAUGUUCGAAGAUGUGUCUGGGCUCGGGUCCUGGCACAGACGCUGGUGUGCACUCACUGGAAACAAGCUCUGUUACUGGAAAUACCCAGAUGAUGAAACCAAAAAGGACCCCAUUGGCUAUAUUGACCUGAAGCGUGUGAUCACUGAGAAGAUAGGUCUGAUCCCGCGGGACAUCUGUGCACGCCCCCACACGUUUGAGCUCGUGUCAGUCCGCCCACCACUACGAGGGGAGCAAGACACACUCGUCACUAAGACGUACAACACCAUGACAACCACCAGGUUUAUGUUGUCAGCUGACACCAAAGAGGAGCGAAUAGUUUGGUGUAACAAGAUCAACCGGUCACUCGCCAACAUCCGUACCUGGCACGCUGAUGCCCUCCGGCCCAUCAGACCUCGAUAGUCAACAUGUGUCACUGUUUUACUAGUAACAGCUAGAUGCCUUGGUCAUAACAUACAGGAACUGUCUGUGUUCAUGAAGCUGCAAUGGAGCAUUCCAGUGAUCAAGCUAGACUUUAAAAAACCAAGAGAUGUUAACUCAAAUCAGGGAACAACUUCAAAUAAAAGUUUCUACUACUACAGUGUUCAAAAUUAGCACAAGCCCCUUAUACAAAAUAUGGGUAAUGUUUAUAUAUUCUGGCUUGUUGAUUAUAAUCUCAUUAUUAUAUGAACAUAUGUGUAUUUAUAUAUAGUAUUCAGGCUUGUUCAUGAAAGUCUUUAUUUAAUGACUGCUUACGUUCUAAUACAGAGAAAUAAUUUCUCAAAAAAGGGAGCAGUUUGAUUGUUAACUGAGACCUCUUGCCUAGCUUGAUCCCUGAAUAUAAAUUUUGUUUGUUCAAGUCUUUUGAAUCUCAAGAUAAUCUCAACAGUUCAUGAGGAAAAGUGUCGUCAACAUUACAUGAAGACAUUGCUAUGACACCAAAAUGGAUGAUCUCUGUUCAAUCCUAAUUCUAUCCCUACUAAUCUAAACCUCAAUUUCCGAUCUCUGAUGUUUCCACUUCCUAUCUCUAGAAGGUUGUAAACCUCAGGCCAGCCUUAUUUUGCCUGGCUGUUUUGUUGUAUCUGAAUGCAUGCUUGUGAUAUUCUUGAUAGCUUCAUGUAUUUGUGUAAUAUGUACACCAUUAGAAGUCAUUGUACAUGGAUGUGAUUAGUCCACAGAUUUCAAAUCUAAUGUCUUCUGUGACAGGUGCUUCACCCCAUUUGACCCCAAAACCCAUAGCCGAAAACAGUUUCAGUCGUUCAGCUUCCAGGUCAAGCACAUCCUUGUUGUAAUAUAGGCCUGAUUAUUAUUUAUAUUUUAUCAAAUAUAUAAGUACUUGAUAUUUAGUUUCAUUUGGUUAACGGCUGAUUAUCUAUUAUCAAUCAUGUAAAAUAUUAUUUAGACGGAGUAAACAUUUGCAUAUUCAUUUUCAUGACUGAGGAAAACUAUUGUGUAUGUGAACUUGGAAACUACUACUAGGUUUUACUGUGUAAUGUCUUGCCAGGUGCAGAAUCUCAGUUGCCAUAUUGAGUGAUAAGAAUUUUAAAAUGACAGCGAAAUACUGAAAACUUUGAGCUAUGUUAAAUUUGGUGAAACUGGAUUAAGUCGUAAUGAGGUUCAUAAUAUUUUGCAUUUUCAGAUGCAUUCUGAUUCUGUGUUCAUAAAUACCAUGUCUUUCAUAAAUCAUUCUGUAUAUAUAUAUUCACCAUGUGCAUUGUCAUAUACUGUGUUCUCUCUCUCUAUCUCUGUAUUGUAGUGUAGAACAAUUAUUGCUAUAAAUUCUAGAAACUCUAUUAAUCUGGUAGCUAGGAAACAUAGUCACUGUCUGUUUUAGUAUUUUAUCAUUUUAUUUCUGUUUCUCUCUUUUUUCAAUAUGUGUGCUUUUGUAGCUAUAUCGCCAUGAUUAUUUUUGUAUUUUUGAGUAAUAUUUUGAAAUAUAUAAUAAAAUGACAU